UGCAGUUUUAAAAAUUCUUGGUAAUAACGGAAUUUAUUAUGGUAAGUGUUAAGAAUAUAGAAAGAGUGAAGCGUAAAUAUAUGCAUAUAUAUAUAUAUAUAUACAUAUAUGUAUACAUGUAUACUAUUAUUAUUUCUUCUUUUAGGCGAUCAAAGAUUAUGGGGCUCAGUUUCAAAUGGUGUUUGUAUACUACUUGCAGGUUAUUUUAUUAAUUUGUUCGGAAUAAAUUACGUUUUUUAUAUAUUUGGAAUAAGCGUAAUUGGAUUUAUCUUGAUUUCUCUUUGUACAACAGUGGUUUCAAAUGAUAAUCAUCAUACUACUGCUACUGCUACAACUGAAAAUUUAAGAAUGCAUUUAGAUGAAGAACAAGGUCCACUUUUAAGUACAGCACAAAAUAACAAUAGAAUAGCGAAAGGAUAUUAUACGAUAGAUCCUAUUGAAGAUUAUUAUGAUUCCUCUACUUCAUCUAGUAAUCAUGAUAUUCGAAGACUAAGCACUACAACAAGUAGUCACGUAAAUGCACUACUCAUUGGGAACGAUCAUCACCAUCUUUUAAAUUUACAACGAACCAUCACUUCACAGGCUGCUCGAGAUGUACAUGAUGAAGCCAAUAUAUUAUUAGAUCAAACACAUGGACUACCUUCCUUGGGUCUUGCUUUAUCACAUAUACCUACUGUUGAUACAUCCUUAACUGCCUUUGCUAAUAUAAAUAAUGAAGAAGACUAUAUUGGACUUAGCUUAAGAAAUACAAUAUUUAAAUCAGCAAAGGUAUGGACAUUUCUAUUAAUGACAUUAUUAUUUGGUGUUUUUUAUUCCAUGAUUGCACAAUUCCUAUUUUUAUUUUUAAGUCAAGAUUUGAAGUUAGAACCUUCUGUUAUUGGCUGGACUGGUCCCCUUGGAGGUAUCACGGAAGUUUCAACAUUUUACGUUUCUCGGAUUGUAAGUCGUCGUCGUCGUUGUUGUUGUUGUUGUUGUUGUUAUCGUUUAUUAAAAAAAAAGUAUUUUAUAUAGUUAUUAAAAAAGUACAAUAUCCGAAACUUAG